CAGUUUUCAAAAGUUAUUUACGCCAAUAUGUCGCCAAUUAAGUUUGCACAAAAUUACCCGUAAUAAUAUAGGGGAGAUUUUAAUGCAAAAACAUACAACUGAAGUUAACAAUUUAAAAACAACACUAAAAAAUCGCAUAAUAUCUAUAAAAAUUGACAGUGCCCAGCGGCUUUUUCGUAACGUGGUAUGCUUAAAUGCGCAAUAUUUACUAAAUGGAGAAAUUACCAUAAAAACGUUGGCAGUAAAUAAUUUUCGUGAAAAACACACCGCAAGAAACCUAAAAGAACUAAUUUUGAAAAGUCUAGAAAGAUAUGAUAUCACAAUUAGUCAAGUGUACAGUAUCACAAGUGAUAACGGCAGCAACAUGGUCAGCUGCGGAAACCUCCUGCAACACGAAAGUAAGUAAGUAGAAAUGCCUUUACCAAAUCCAUCAGAAGAUGUCAACGAUGCCUUUUUUGAAUGUUUCGAACCCAUUUUUGAAGAUCUAGAAUUCGACACUUGUGUUUCGCAAAA